AUGGAGUUAACAUGGAUGACCAUCAUGGCCAUGAUUUGGGCCGCCACCAAAUCAGUGCUCACAGGAGGAAGCCCUUUCGCUGCCAAAACGGUUUUAUUUCCAACGAAUCGGGAGGGAAAAUAUGAGAUAGUGUCAGAAGGUAUACGGCUUGCUUUCACAACUCACGGCGGAGCCUUGGCCAAUUUGUGGAUGAAUGAUACACAUGGGGUCGAAAGAGAUAUAGUUCUGGGCUAUGAAAACGCAAAUUCAUACCCAAACUACAAAGGGAAUCCAUUCUUAAAUGGGGUCAUAGGACGGUAUGCGGGAAUAAUUAGCGGUGCGAGCUUCGAUAUUGAUGGCGUUCGGUACGAGACCUCCGCCAACGGUAAUGAAGGAACAUCAACGUUCAACGGCGGUGAACAAGGCUGGGGUCGUCGUACCAUGGAUAUAGCAUCCCACUCGUCCAACUCGAUCACCUUUGUUAUCUUCGAUAGAGGCUGGAACGGUUUUCCUGGCACCCCAGGGGCGUGCAUCACGCAUACUGUCACUCCAUAUCAAUGGAACAUCGCCAUAGGAUUAACACCUGUCAGAGAUUCGUCACCUGUCAGUCUGAGCCAGCAAGUAUUCUGGAAUCUUGACGGCUUUGCAGCGGAGACCAACAACACUGUGGCGCAGCACAGCCUGCAGCUGCCAUACUCUGGAUUCAGAUUUGCAAUGGAAGAGGGCAAUGUGCCAACCGGAGACAUGAAAAGCAACGCCCAAGGCUCUAUAUUCGAUUUUUGGUCAGGUAAGCGGCGGAUAAAAGACAAUCGGAAAAUCGACCCUGCCGAACCUGAGAAUGCUCCUGUAACGGGUAUUGACGAGACGUUCUUGAUCGCACGAUCCCAACCAUGGCAUAAAGAUGACCAAGCCAUUGCCAUUCUGCAAUCAGACUAUUCGGGUAUUAAAGUUGAACUCUACACGGAUCAAGAGGCCCUACAUGUCCAUUCCUGGAGCUCUGUCAACGACAAAGUCAGUCUAAAGAAGCACCAAGGAGGCUCGAUUGCCAAAGACAUGGCAGCUGUAUCCAUGGAGAUGCAUAAUUGGCCAGAUGCUAUCAACCAUCCCGAAUGGUUGAGAAGCAAAGAGACCAUCUGGGGAACCGAUCAGCUGUACACCACAUUUUCAACAUUUAAAUUUUCUCUGGAUAGAGAGUAA